AUGGAGUAUGGAUACACAGACACUGCUUUUCAGGAUGAUCCCUUGCACGGGGACGAAUUACAACCGUAUCCUACGACGUUGCGCGAACAGCAGCGCCAGCAGUCGAUACAGCAACCCUUCGCCGCUUAUGAAUCGGAGAUGGUAUAUAAUCUCGGUCAGCAAGGUCCGACACAAAAUCCGUACGAGGUCGUGCCACAGUACCCAGCACGGCAAUCUGCAGCGAUUGAUGCCCUGUCCAGCCAAUUUGCCGUUCCACAGUACUUUCCAACUAAUGAGCCGAUGGCAACAGGGGUCCCUGCAGAGGUUUCGCCCUACCUGAAUCCGCAAGUCUCUCCAUCUGCUUAUAACCAGGCCCGUCCCAUUGGGCGCUCGAGCGCAAUGCAGCCCUUUCCCGCAACUAUGGCCGAGUUUACCCCUGUGGGGGCAACGGCACGACGUUUGGAGCAACAAGAAACGUCCCAGCAGCAGCAACAUCAUUCACAGCAACAACAGCAGCAUGUAAUUCCGGAUUCGACAAAUCUCAAUGAAGAAUAUGGUCGGUUUCAACGAGUCUUGCGGUCGACGUUCGAUCACAUUCGCGCCGGUCGAUUGGUAGAGGCCGGGCGAUCACUCUUGGAAAUUUCCGAGUGGCUUGUCACUAAUGCGCGGGAACUUGGCAUUUUAAGCGACGAGCCGAUGUUCUAUUCUGAUCGGUUACAGUUAUGGAAUAACUUCAACAUCUGCUGGUUGGCUGUCUGCCAAAAACAGAAAGAUAUGACGCUGGAGCUGUUGGGGGCCGGCCAUCAGCCGUCGAACACAUCAAUGCUCAGUAGCGAUCGUUUGGACGAGAUGGGCAGAAAACUGAUUCAGCUAUGCGAUCAGAUGGAGCAGCAUGGACUGGUGGACUAUCAGAUGGGCAUUUGGGAGGAGGAGAUACUCUGUGUCCUUGGGGAAUGUAUCGAUCUAAUAGAAAGUCGACCAAGUAACAUGCGGGCACAUGGAGUGAACGCCGCCGCAGCCGCUACUUCGCGGUCCUGA